GAAAUUAAAAAAAUAUAAACCCUAAUAAAUCGGAAUAGAUUCUAUCGGCUUUUCUCCUCUCUCUAUUGUCGCCGUACAAACACUGGUAUCUUUAUCCAGAUUUGCCAAGGGUUUAAGCUGUCGAUCGAACCAUUUUCCGUCGCUAAAUUCGAUUAGGGUUUCCUCAUUACCAAUAGUGACUGUCCCAAAUUCGAAGUUUUUCGAGGAGUUCAGUUGAACUGCGAUUCGAUGGAGGACUGGGAAGAUGAGCCCGUUCUAGAUAUUCUCAAGAAAAAGGACCAGCCGUUAAAUAAAUGGGAUGAUGAAGAUUUGGACGAUAUCAAGGAUUCUUGGGAAGACGAAGAAGAGCCUGCUUUGGAACCCAAAGCUCAGCCACCACCUUCUGAAAAAGGCCCUAAAAAGGCUGGAGUAAAAUCGACUGAAAAGAAAGGGAAAGCUGUUGAAGCUGUGAAGGAAGCACCUUUAGAUCCUUUAGAAGAAAAACUUCGCCAGCAGAGGCUUGUCGAAGAAGCCGAUUAUAAGUCUACUGCAGAAUUAUUUGCCAAGAAAGGCGAUGAAAAGACGCUCGACAGUUUUAUUCCCAAAACUGAAAGUGACUUCUCCGAAUAUGCGGAACUUGUUUCUCAUAAACUCCGUCCGUACGAGAAAAGCUAUCACUAUAUUGGAUUACUGAAGGCUGUAAUGAGAUUGUCGACGACUACUUUGAAAGGGGCAGAUGCCAAAGAAGUAGCAUCUUCCAUUACUGCAAUUGCGAAUGAAAAGAUUAAAGCAGAAAAAGAAGCUAAUGCUGCCAAAAAGAAGCCAGCUGGAAAGAAAAAACAGCUGCAUGUUGGCAAGACAGACGAUGACAUGGCAAUGGAUUCAUACCAGGGUUAUGAUGAUGACGAUGAUUUUAUGUGAGCUUGUGCUGCACGUACCGUUGUGAUUGCUACACCGUCUGGUUGAGUUGAGUCGAGAACAAAUAUGAAGAGAAAUUUGCGGCAUGUUUCCAAAUUUUCAAUUGGGAGAUUGACUAAUGUAAUAUUAUCCUUUUGCUGAAUAAGAACAUUAAUUCUGUUCAGGUUUUGUUUUUGUGGUUGCUACUGAGUAAAUUCGUUCGUUUUUUCGUUUUUUGUGUCGUUUCGGGUCUUGAGAUUGUCAUUGGUACUGACUGGUAUACGUGAAUCCAAGGUUUGCGUAUAAAAAAGUUGUAUUUCUGUAUUUAAGUAUAGCCCUAUCGAUAUUUGAGAUUCUCCGUCUCCGACAAGAAACAAAUAUUAUGGGAUUCUUCAGGUUAUUUGACCAGCUUCUUCCAGAUUUACAGCUGCA